CCAAAAGUUUUCGAUUUAUGUAAAUUGUAUCAAUCAUUAUUUUGAGUAUAUUAAUUAAAUCUUCACAUAAAUUCAUGCACUAAUACUUUACAAACUAGUGAAACCACCAUUUCAAAAAGACAAAAUAAAACCUUUGUAAAAAUUCAUUAAGACCAUGAGUCAUUUUAUCGAUUUAGCCAAGAGUUAAUAUUUCUCUAUUUAGUGGUGUCGUCACUUAGAAACAUAUAUUACUUACGCAAUGAAUAACCAUUAUUUAUAAAAUAUUUAGUGUUCAAUUCCAAAAUUAGCUUAUGUAUACAAGUUAAGCUUUUCAUAAAAUGUAUUAUACACGAAAGAGAUAACAAAGUAUUGAAAGGUGUACAAACAUAGUUUAAGUACCACAGCAACCCUCUCCGGUUAGCGAAGGAAAGAACAAUUCAGAAAUCUAGGGUUUUGGAAUGAGAAUUUGGGGGGAAAUUGAGAUCACAUUUGGGUAUUGAAAAAUCGUGUUUUGGUGGUUGUUUGGCGUUGGAGAGAUUUAUCUAGGGACUAGGGACUAGGGAGGGAGGGAGGUAUCCGACGAAGACGCCGCCGAUUUGGGUGGGUUCUGGAAGCGAGCCCUCGACUCUCUAGAACAUGGUCCAUGAAAUCGUAUCGGAUAUCGUACCGGAAAAAUCAACGGUAUAAUAUUUUAUGAUAAAAUCGUGAUUUAACCGUAGUUCAAUCGUUAGACCGUUAAAUACCGCCUACCAAUUUAGCCUCUAAUAUUAGUUUUUCGUGAUUGAACCGCCGGUACGCUUUUGUUUCAUGGACCAUGCUCCAGAAACCCCACCACCACCAACUUCGACCCCUCUCUCUCUCCAAUCCCCGACUCUCUGAUUCCAAUAAUCUAAACCACCAUGGAAACAGUAAUGGAGGUUUCCACCACCACCUGCAUCACUACCCUACAAGUUUCUACCACUACCCAAACAACCACUACCCAAUUAAUCAGCACCACAGCCAGCAAUUGCUGAGCCAGGAGCUGUGUUUCUUGAGGGUGAUUCGCGGGAUCCCGAUCUACCACCAAAACCCUCCCACGGCAGCUACCACAGCAACCACCAAUCCCAAUCCUGAAUUCCCUUUUCAACAGCAGCAGCCUCAUCAUCAUCAUCAUCUAAAUAGGAACUAGGAAUAGAAGAUUGGGCUUGUGGCUUAGGGGGUUUACGGCGACGAAGGAAGUGAAGUCGGAGAUCGGGAAUUUCAUCGAAAUUGUCCAUGUUCCGGCUUGGUCGCCCUUUUUUAAGAGAAAGAGGCGAAGUAGAUAAUAAUAUUGAGAGUUUUUAUUAUGUUUAUUUUUUAUUUUUAUUUAGUUUUAAUAAAAAUAUUAGGUGUCAGUGACGUGCAUCUAUGUGGUACUCACGUUUUUGCCACGUCAGCAAAAGUCAAUGUCAAGUUGAUCAUCGUCUGGACAACCGUUAUCUAUAAUGGUAAACAAAAUGGACCUCCACCCUCGCAUGCGAAAAUGGAUUGAGGGUGUCGUUUCGUCAGCUAGAGUUUCAGUUUUGAUUAAUGGAGAGGCUGUGGGUUUUUUUGGUAUGCAAAAAGGUGUGAAGCAGGGUGAUCCCCUUUCACCUUUUCUCUUUAACCUGGGAAUGGAUAUCCUCUCUUUCAUUAUUGACAAACUUAAGGAAGCUGGCUUGUUAACCGGUUUCCGCAUUGAUGAGACGAAUCGGCGGGGGGCUGUUACCCAUCUUCUGUAUGCUGACGACGCAAUAAUUUUCUGUGACGAUAGGGAAGAGGAGGUCCUGAACAUUUUGGCUGCUCUAGUAUGUUUUCAGUGUAUUACGGGACUCAGAGUAAACCUUAGCAAAACAAGGAUUUUCCCUGUCGGUGAUGUUCCAAAUAUCAGCAGACUUAGCCAAGUACUCGGCUGUGAUUGGGAGUUUCUCCCAACGACGUAUCUCGGAUUACCACUGGGUGCCCCCGUUUUUUCCUCAGCUAUUUGGAACCCUGUGAUCAGUAAACUGCGGAACAGGCUUGAAAGCUGGAAGGGAAGUUUUCUUUCUCUCGGCGGUAGAGUGGUUUUGAUUAAUGCUGUAUUGUCCAGUCAAAGCACUUAUUCCUGCUCCCUCUUCCCUGCUCCUAAAGGCGUUGUGAAUGCAAUGGAAAAAAUUCAGAGGGAUUUCCUUUGGUCAGGAUCGAUGGACAAGGAGAAGAUCCAUCUAAUCUCGUGGGACGUUUGCAAGAUUCCGAAACAGAAAGGCGGCCUAGGCAUCCGCGAUUUAGAAACUCACAAUCACUCCCUUCUACUGAAAUGGUUAUGGAGAUUCUCUAGUGAAAGGGAGUCCUGGUGGAGAGAGCUCAUAUGUUUAAAGUUCCCUAGUGCCUCGUCAGAAUGGUCGUCUGGUGACUGUGUCGGGAGUGCCGGUUGUAGUCCGUGGUCGCAGAUAUUGAAAUUGAAGCAUACCUUUUGGAAAAUGGCGCGCAUUGAACAAGGCAGUGGUUGUUGGACUUCCUUUUGGCAUGAUCAUUGGGUCGAAGGUCCUUGCUUGGCGGAGAAGUUCCCGAGAGUGAUGGCCGCUGCUGUCUUCCCGAGUUCCCGUGUCGCUGAUCACCUGUCUUCUGUGGGUGGAAACAUAUUGUGGGAUAUUCCUCUUAAAUUUACUCUUCGUGGGGGGGCAGAGAGGGAGAGAGAGUGCUUAAUGAACUUACUCGAAAUUAUUCCUUCUAUUAAUUUUACUGCAGGUCCUGAGAGGGUGACUUGGUUGCCAGAUGCUUCUGCAGGCUUUAGCGUGAAGUCGGCAUAUGAUCACUUGAGAGCAGACAGGCAUUUCGGAGUCGAGGACUUCCCCUUCAAGGUCGUGUGGCAGAAGAUAAUCCCAAGCAAAAUCUGCACCUUCCUCUGGAUCGUGUUCCACAAAAGACUCCUCACUCGUGACAAUCUCAAGAAGCGGGGAAUUCAAUUACCAAGCAGAUGCCCCCUUUGUGAAAAGGCGGAGGAGAACCCGAAUCAUUUGUUCAUUAAUUGCAGCUUCUCAAAGGAAGUUUGGUGGAGGAUGCGUUCAUUCGUCAGGAUUGCAAGCACUACCGUUGACAAUGACGAUAUCUCAACAAGGAUCAUGCGGUGGUUUUGUCAAAACCCAUCCAGCCCUUGGCAGUGGUGCACUAAGGUCUUCUUACACGCUUUUUGUUGGUCAAUUUGGAUGGAAAGAAAUUCCAGAGUCUUCAAGGGGGAAGCUGUUUUCCCUCAAGUCACAGCUUUCCGAACUGGCUGCCUUAUUGCCAGCUGGGUGUCCGCAGCAGGAAAAGUCGACAAGCAAGUGGUCGAAGCCUGGGUUUUGACCCUCAAGAGCAAAUUGAUUCCCAGGUCGUGAAGAGCCCUCCAGUGUGACGUUUGAAGCAGUAGUUGUUUGCUUUCUUUUUUCUUCCUUUUCCUUCUGUCCAGGGCCUCCUUGUCCCUCUUUAGUCUUUGGUUCUCUCCCCUGUUCUUUCCCUUUAUCCUCCUUUGCGUUCGUUUCUUGCUUUGUUCUGUCCUGUUGAUCCUUGUAUUUUCAGAAUAAUUUUAAUCUAUAUCAUCCUUAACAAAAAAAAAAUGGUAAACAAAAUUGUUAUAACGUAAAAUGACACAAAACUGUAAUAAGUUGGGACACAUUAGAUACUUUAUGACACAAAGUAAGAUUUUCUACUGGUAUUAGCUCUAAAUAUUAUCAUAAAUUCAAAUUUAUGGGAUUUUAGCUUUCAGGUAGUUAAGUUAGACGAUUAUGCAUAGACGUAUAUAAAAAUAAAUAAACAAAUAAUAAGAGAAAGUCACACGAACACUGACAUCAGUUGAGCAAUAAAGCCGGAGUGUAGAAUAUUCUAUCUAGGAGUAGGAUCUCUCAGGGCAGAAGGUGUGUAAAGAGCAUGUGUAGGUCUGUGUUUUUUCUCAUAUAAAUAAACAAUCUGAUUAGAAGAUCUUGCAUAUAGUAAGAAAAUAGUAGUAUUGAAGAAAGAAAUAAAUUAAUUAAUAUAUUAAAAGCACAAGUUAUCUGUUACUAAUUUUACUAUUCCUUAUGAAAAAAACUCUUAACCCAUAAAAUACUGUUCAUCACAUUUAUUAUGUUUUUUUAAUCCAUAUGCCAACCUACGGCCGGAUGCAUCCUACUGAAUUACACAAAAGGGUUUCUUUCUAAUUGAAGUUUUCUGCAUGAUCUUUUCCCAAAUUCUAUUUCAUUAUUUAAGUUCAUUUGGAGUUUUCUGCAUGAUCUCUUCCCAAAUUCUAUUUCAUUAUUUAAGUUCAUUUGAAGUUUUCUGCAUGAUCUUUUCCCAAAUUCUAUUUCAUUAUUUAAGUUCAUUUGGAGUUUUCUGCAUGAUCUCUUCCCAAAUUCUACCACAUUGCCAUGCCAAUUGUAAAGUCCAUUAUUGUAGUUUAAUAUUAUUAGACCAAUAAUAUUAACGUAACAUUGUUCUAUGAAAAAUACGUAAAUUACAAAUACAUCCUCAAUUUUACAUAGAGAUAGUGAUUUCUAAUGUAUCAAUAAAACAAAAAGUAAUACGGGAAGUCUUCAUAAUAAAGUAAAUCGUACGGAGGGAUAGUAAUUUAUUAUAUGUACAAAUUAAAAAAAUCAUAUUAUGUAACUUCAGCAAUAUUAGUUUUAAUGAAAAUGUAUUUACUAUUAACUAAAUAGUUGAUCAUCUCAUCAAUUUGUAUUACACAAAAGGUUUUAUAAGGUCCCUUAUUUUUACAUAACGGUUAAUCAAAUGUGAUAUUUUUUAUAAUUUAAUUAUUUAUUAUUAACUAAAAUUUCUUUAAUAUUCACCAUCUCAUAGAUUGCAUUACGCAAAAGUUCCAUAAGGCAUGUUAACUUUUACGUAGUAGUUUAAUCAAAUGUGAUAAUUUUC